AUGGUGUGGACCUACGGCGGUGGCUUCGCAGCGGGAUCCAAGAGUCAAAACACCCCCGAGGGUUUGUUCGACCUAAGCCUGAACUUCAUCUUCGUGGCGUACAACUACCGUCUGGGUAUAACCGGACUUGCUAAUGGUCCGACGUACCAACAUGAAGGUGGUGCGGCCAACCUGGUUGUCUGGGACUCUACUCGUGCGUUUGAGUGGGUCAAAACGUACAUUGACAAGUUCGGCGGUAACCCGAACGACGUCACGGCUGUCGGAUUCUCAGCCGGUGGCUCGCAGGUCAUGUUUCAGAUGACGCGCUUCGGAGGAAACGCCCCACAGCUCUUUGAGAAGGCAUACAUCAUGUCUCCUGGUUAUGUUCCUGGCGCUGGCCAUCAUCACGCCGAGCAAUUCUGGCAGAACGUGUCCUCCGCUGUUGGCUGUGAAGGCGGUCAUCUUGACUGCAUGAGAGAGGUGGAGUUUGGUACCCUUCAAGAUGCUGCCAGUGAGGUUGUCUCCGAGUACACAUACCAGUAUCAACCGCGUGUGGACGGCUUCAUCAUCCCGGACACGUACGAGGCCAGUUUGUACCAGGGCCAUUUUAACUUCUCAGGUCCAUGUGUGAUCUCGCACGAGCAGCACGAAGCAAACAGUCAAGCCUACUCGGGCGUGGAUGACGUUGACGACAUCCCCAAGGAGCUCCGCAUCUUCUUCCCAUCUAUUACAGACGACGUGAUUGAUGAACUGUUGGAGCUUUAUCCAGAAGACGACUACACUAGUGCUGGUCUACG